GUAUUUAAAUUUUUUUCCGGGGGUAUGACGGGGGACGGUGGUGGUACCUAUCUCUUCUUCCUCUCUGUCUUUCUUUCCCCAGCCUUCCAAGGGGGUCAGGUACCUAUUUAGUAGUGCGUGUAGGUGUCUUUGCUCAAGAGUGCACGACUAUCUGUCAAAUCGCAGGUUCCCUUCCCCGACCACUGGGUCUUGGACUGUUAGCAACACGCACCGACAUCAGCAGUCAUCACGCCGUCUGCCUCACCCGCUAUCAGGAAACAUGGCUGCCACCAAUCAUCUUCAAGAAGGUUUUGUUUACAGCAAGAAAAACACAUCUAUCCUACCCUGCAAGCACGAUUGUCUAUGUCACAUCAUAUUUUUUUGUCAGCACGUGAAUUAUGCCAAACUCUUCAUCUGGUCUGGACCUUGAGGCAUGUGAUACCGUCCUCCUGGACCUGCUCAAGAUCAACCCACGUGACACCGACAAAUGAGAACAAAGCAGGAAAAAAUGAGAAGAAGAAAGCAGGAAAAAAAAAUGAGAAGAACCUGCACAGGUAACAGCGUCUUACAGAUGCACGUGCGUCACGAGAUGACAGGUGUCAAGCGAAACAGACAGACCAUCACCAGGUGACAAAUGAUGUCCUACUCGCCACGCUCAGCUAUUUCGUCUCACAUGAUCGGGUUUCUUCUUUGCACCGAAAGGCAGUUAAUCUUCUCAGACCCACUCUUUGUCUGUCCAUGGCAUGCUGACAUCAAAGUGCGGGUUACCGCCUCCUCCUCUGAGUCCUUUCCUCCUGAUGUCUGCUGCGGGAUUCAGGUAGCGUCUUGAGAGUUAUUUACUGAUGGCAAACAAGGACAAUCCCGGCUACAAAGUGGAGGAGUUAACUCCCCAGAACUCUGCCUUCACGUCACGCGGGCAACCGAGACGCUCCUUGCUCGAGAAGGAAGGCAACAGCAACCUCAGCUUCCGAGGAAUCGAACGAAAGCCUUUAAUGUACCUGAAGGACCUGUACGUCACAUUAGUGGACUUGAAGUGGCGCUAUGUGCUGGUGAUUCUGCUGACCGUCUACCUGCUCAGUUACCUGGUCUUCGCCGUCUUUUACUGGCUGCUCAGCUACAUGAACGGCCAGUUCGGUAGCCGCGCCAGCGAACCUGGAUACGAACCCUGCAUCAAGAAUCUGGACAGCUUUGCAGGUGCUUUCCUCUUCUCCAUGGAGACGCAGUCCACCAUCGGGUUCGGACACCUGAACCCCAACGCCGCCUGCCCGGGUGUGGUACCCGUCAUUUACUUCCAGAUCACGGUGGGCUUCAUGGUCGAGACCUUCAUCCUCGGCUUCCUGUUCGUGAAGCGCCUGCCUGUGUCUGGAGGACGGCGACUUCUGCUUGCAACUCCGCGUGGGAGACUUGCGCCGCACGCACCUGGUGGACGCAACGGUGCACGGCUUGCUUGUGCGCAGGCGCGUGGUGUCCGAGCAGCACGUGUACCCGCUUUUCCAGCACCGCAUGACGUUCACGGCCCACGGGAUGGAGGACAAGGUGUUUCUAAUAUGGCCGCUGAUCCUCUCUCACCGCAUCACCGCGGACUCUCCUUGUGGACUCUGCGUCCGGAGGACGUGUACCGGGAGAAGGUGGACAUCAUAGUCAUCUUGGAGGGCAUCAUCGAGUCGACGGGGGAGCUGUGUCAGGCUCGCACGUGCUACUCGGCGCGAGACAUCCUAUGGGGCCACCGCUUUGUGCGCGUGGAGGAGUUCGACGAGAUCGAGCACGUGUGGUGCGUGGACUUCACGCGCUUCAACAACGUGCUGCCCAGCCCCACCCCCAGGAAAAGCGCUCGCGCCUAUCACGACCAAAGGCAGAUAAGAUAGAAGACGAGAAAGACAACGAAGAUGACGCCAUCUACGACAACGCCUCCUGCACCAGCUCCAACGCCAGCCAGCUUGAAUAACCUCUUUGUUCACAAGCUGUUGGAUGAGCCUCGGCCCUUUUCUUAAACACCUGUUCAAGCCGACUAAGAACUUGCAAUUCUGGUGUACAGCCAUUCAUUCCUUCAUUCCUGCUCAUCCCAGCGCCUCCUCCUCAUCCUCCUCCUGACCUCCGUCAACUGCAGCCCGUCUUUGGGUCAAGGUUCUGCCGAUGAUGAUGAUGAAUUUGAUCUACCGAAAAUGUGAAGAAUACGGCUUCCAGUCUACAAGCAUAUCAUGUGUUGUUGUGAUUGUAGAGAAGAAUGUCGGCUGAACACUUGGGACCUUAAGAGUUUAUUUUGAGAUGCACAAGAGAACGAGAUUCCUUGCUUGUAGAAACCCGCCAUUUCUCCACUCGGUCGGAGGAGUAAGUCAGUCCUUAGUCUUGUGACUGGUGGCCUCCAUUUGGAUCAUUGAUGAUAAUACGACUGUUGCGCAGACGAUUUAUGUGAGAAAAACACAUCAUCAAACAUAUCAGUUUGUUCCUCUUUUCUUACUGUGUACUGGUUGUAACUGUUGCCUGCCACGAUGUGAUCAAUUAAAGGGAUACUAAAGGGUAGUGAUAAGGCUGUGGCGACGGUCA